AAUACGUUUCCUUUUCUUUCUAAACAUCCAAUAUGGUAAACGUACCGAAACAGAGACGCACUUUUUGCAAAAGGUGCAAGGUACAUAAGCCACACAAAGUGACACAGUAUAAAAAAAGUAAAGAACGUCAUGCAUCACAAGGUAGAAGGCGUUAUGACCGUAAACAGCAAGGUUUUGGUGGACAAACCAAACCCAUAUUCAGAAAGAAGGCAAAAACUACAAAAAAGAUUGUCUUAAGAAUGGAAUGUACAGAAUGCAAGUAUAGGAAACAAAUUCCUCUUAAAAGAUGUAAGCAUUUUGAAUUGGGAGGUGACAAGAAGAGGAAGGGACAAAUGAUUCAGUUCUAGGGUGAAGUUAUGUAUGUUAACUUUCUAUUUGUAUUUAAUAAAUGAAAU